GUGUGGAGGCUACGAAAUUUGCCAUGUUUUCAUGAGCGAAACGCCCAUUUUUACGCGAUUUUGACGAGAUCGUGGGGAGGACUGAAGAGGUGUUUAGGCAAGGGGUGCUACGCGCGGGCGCUUCGCCUCCGUCACCAUCUCGCGAGAUGAUUUCCCUCUUCCGCCGCCGCCACGGCCUCCCCUUCUCCACCCUGCACACGCCAGCCGGCGACGUCGCCGCCACGCCGCCUUCUCCUCUCGACGCCACGGCGGUGCUCGAGACGCUCUCCCUCUACGCCAACGACUGGCGCCGCGCGCUCGAGUUCUUCCACUGGUCAGCCUCCCCCGACGGCGCCAACGUGCCCCCGACGCCGGCCACCGUCGCCCGCGCGGUCGACGUCCUCGGGAAGCACUUCGAGUUCCCGCUCGCCACCUCCCUCCUCGUCUCCCACCACGACCCGGGGCGCGCGGACCCGUCCUUCCUCCGCCCCGCCCUGCGCUCCCUCCUCAACCGCCUCGCCGCCGCCAAUCUCAUCGACGACGCCAUCCGCGCGUUCGAUUCCACUGCCGGUUCCAUCGGCCUGCGGGAUGAGGCCUCCUUCCACGCCCUCGUCGACGCGCUCUGCGACCACCGCCGCGUUGACGAGGCCCACCACCUAUGCUUCGGCAAGGACCCGCCGCCAUUCCCGCCGGUGACGAAGACCUACAACUUGCUCCUCCGGGGGUGGGCUAAGACCCGCGCCUGGGCGCGCCUCCGCCAACUCUGGUUCGACAUGGAUAGCCGCGGUGUUGCCAAGGACCUCCACUCCUACUCCAUCUACAUGGAUGCCCUUGCGAAGUCAGGCAAGCCGUGGAAGGCCUUCAAGGUGUUCAAGGAGAUGAAGCAGAAGGGCAUGGCGAUCGAUGUUGUUGCGUAUAAUACUGCAAUCCAUUCAGUUGGGCUUGCACAGGGAGUCGAUUUCGCUAUUCGGUUGUAUAGGCAAAUGGUUGAUGCUGGUUGCAAGCCAAAUGCUUCCACUUUUAAUACGAUUGUUAAAUUAUUAUGCAAGGAAGGGAGGUUCAAGGAAGGGUAUGCAUUUGUUCAACAGAUGCACAAGUUUGGGAUUGAGCCCAAUGUGCUCACUUACCAUUGCUUCUUCCAAUAUUUGAGCCGGCCUCAGGAGGUCCUUGGACUGUUUGAGAAAAUGCUCGAGAGGGGUUGUCGGCCAAGGAUGGACACAUAUGUCAUGCUCAUCAAGAGGUUUGGGCGGUGGGGAUUCCUUAGGCCAGUGUUCAUUGUGUGGAAGGCAAUGGAAAAGCAAGGACUCAGCCCAGAUGCAUUUGCUUACAAUUCCCUUAUUGAUGCAUUGCUGCAGAAGGGAAUGGUGGACUUAGCUAGAAAGUAUGAUGAGGAGAUGCUUUCAAAGGGAUUAUCACCCAAACCAAGGAAGGAACUGGGGACUAAGAUUCCGGGAGCAGAGUCUGACAGUGAUAAUGCAUUGAGUGGCGUACUUUAAUAGUUUGAUUACUGAGAGCAGUGGUAUUAACAUGUUCUGGUUAUCACUAAGAUUAUGCUGAUCUUCUUUUAAAGAUAGGCUUCUUUGUGUUGAAAGUCUGAAGGAGAUCUGAUUUGUGGUGCACAUGAGUUUAACAUUGAAGUAAAAGAUUGCAUUUCCUCUCAACUAUUGCACAGCUGCCCACAGGAAUUAUGAUGAUAUCCCUCAAUAAUGGAAUGUUUGCCCAAGCUGAGGACACCUGGGAAGUGGGCACUAGUGUGAAUUCGGAGAGCUAUUGCUCCUCACAGAUCUAUAUGAUUACCGUGGUCAAUUGAAAUUACGACAUGCUGAUAUUUCUCAAAGCAGACAACCUUGUCUCAGGGGGUCAUAAAUAAUAAAUUUUGUGUUGAACUGAAAUGAAAUCAGUGACAGUGGUAGCACCCAUAUUGCAGUUACUUCUUGGUUGUUAUCUUACCGAACUAAUGAAUGAUAUUAAGGACAGGACAUCCCAUGCCAUAACUAAAGGUAAGAACAACGGCAUCUCUUGCGUACAAGACUCAUGAGUCAUGACUUGUUCAUACAAAUUAUAGUUAAACAUAUUGUUUUGGCACUGAAGUUAACAGUCUUCUUGAUUUUGAUUUGGGUACUAUCUACACACGUACUGUUGUUGCAUUGGAAACAAUAUAUGAAGUAUUGUUCAUUCGACGAUCUUUUUACUGGCCCUUGAUGUGAUAGAACUUAACUUGAAGACCAGAUUGAAUCGGAACAAAAUGCUCUUAUUCCUAGUUUCUUGAACUCAAAAGUGAUCUUUUUCCCCUCUAGUGGAGUUCUCCUUGCCAUUUCUGUCACUCUGUCCAGUUAGGAAAAUUUACAUGCAGACGGCUUCGUGCCUGCCCAAUUUUCUUGUUGCAUCAUUUGGAGGAAUUUAACACAAGUAUUCCAGGUGAUUCUCGAAUAUCCCAACUGGACCAAUUAUACUUCUGAUAUUCAUUGCACUGUGUAAAUGGUCAAAAACUUCAAAACUUGUGUAGUAGCUUUUCUCAGGGUUGCGGUUAUUAGUUUCCAUGUGAUUCUGGUUUCCUGAUGGCUAGGUUAGAGCAAAGUUUUUUUAAAAAAAUCAAAGGCCAUCAGACCCGCCUUUUAUAGAAAGCCAAAAGGAGGUUACAGGAAAGUAUUUGCUUGUCAUGCUGAAUCAUAUGUUUACUUUACAAUUAACUUCAAACCUUGUUGGAAUAGGUGAUAGUCUUCUGUCAAAUCAAGCAAAACCAGUUGUUAGGGGUGGGUGCACUGGUACUAGCAGCAGUCUCCUUGGCCUCUGAGAUUUAUCUUGGUAUGGAAAACGAAAUGAUAUAGUGCCACAGGCUAGCAAACAGCUUAAUGCGACAUACUAGAUUUUAUUUCCUCAGUGCACUAAACAAACACGACAUGGUAAAACAAACAAGGGAUAAACUAGAAUUGACACGAAUAUCUACAGCAAAGUAGGACAAAUGCAAAGAAGAAAUGUCUUAAACUCUAAUUUAGGAAUGUCCUUGUAAAAUAUCAAUGGAGUAUGUGGAACACCGUUCAUUUGAGCCGUCUGGAAGCUCUUGAAAGUUGGUACCAUAUUCAGAAAUAUCACUUGAAUAACAUAUUUUUGUGCAACAUGUCAAGUGCAGGGAGCAGAAGAAAGCAGGCGAGGGAGUGACAUCAACAGAUCUACAGAUGGUGGUAAGAUCAUGACUUUGCUAGGAGGAUACUGGACACUGAUAAUUAAUUCUCGGUGCUGCAGCUACCGAAGUUGAUGGCUUCGCAAUCUAUAGCUUAAUUUUUAAGCUGCAUGGGGACUGGAGGAUUCACGAACAGUUCAGGAGCAAUGAAGCUACAGCCAGCAAGAGAAGAUGCAUACCACUAGUAGUACCCAUACUUCGCCUAGCUGCAGUAUUCUUUUGUCGUUUGUAGUCUGUACCUUCUGCUGGGGCUUUAUCAUGGCAACGAGAUGUUCCAGUGUUUAGCUGCCGAAAACCUGUCAGUUGGAGGCAGGUGCUCACCUGCCCUUAAUGGCUUAAUUGCGCUGCUUUGUGCAGCAACUCUCAACUGUGACAACCAAACCUGUCUUUUGUUUCCGUAGCAACCGGGUCCGGGCAUACACCUCCUGAUCGAAUGGAGAAUUAUCCAUAUA